AUGAGCGACCUAGCAGAAACAGAUACAAUGGACGAUAUUGCAGUCACUCAACUUCAUGGCGGCAAUGGAAGUGGUGCAGAUAUGGUGUUUAUGUUCAAUGACAACCAGAUUUCUGUGUCUAUUUUUCCCAGUAACGGGUCGUCAACGAAGGAUACUCGUCAAAUGGAGCCAAAAGACCGCCCUCUACAGGACCGUCUUGUUGAUGUUAUCUCUCGAGCUACCACGUGCCAGGACGACGACGAGUAUGAUAGGCUUGAGGAUGAGGUUCUUGGCGUCAUUCUGGAUGCUGGAAGGCCUCUUUUCUCUCGUCCAAUAUCUUCGCAAGGAGCAGUCGCUCAAAACGGCCAAUCUCUAAAUCAUCUACUGUUCCCUCCAUUCCUUUAUUUUCGGCUAGAGGCUCCUGCUAGUCACGCCUCCAUUGUACCCAUCAACCCAGCCGAGGCAAACACCAUUCUCACUAUCGACCCUGCUCUCGACCCAGGCUUUGAGGAAGAGUUGGAAAUCUGCCAAGACAUACCUCGCUAUAUCCCCGAGGAAAUCGUAGUCACCAAGUCAUUUGUACGUGGUGCGAACACUGUUACCGCUGCCGUCCAGGUACGGGGGCGAGAUAUGUUCUGCAAGUCGCGUGGUCAACCCGGCGGGCUCUUUGGCACCGGCGAGGGGCGAGAGCUUGAAUGUCUUGGUGAGAUUCUCAAAGCGUUCCCGCAACCAAACACAAUACAGGUUCCCCAGCUUCUUGGUUAUAUUCAUCACAAGGACACCAAGCAGAUCUUGGGGUUUCUUCGACAAUGGGUGCCUGGGCGUAGGCUUAGCGAUGUUGAUGUCACCACCGCUACGGUAGAAAAAAGGCAGAAAUGGUCCGUCCAGAUUUCUGAAACUAUCAAGUGUCUUCACGAACAUGGGUUGGUAUGGGGAGACGGAAAGUCUAGUAAUAUCAUCAUCGAUGAGCAGGAUAAUGCUUGGCUAAUUGAUUUUGGGGGGGGAUUUACAGAAGGGUGGGUCGAUGAGGAGCUGGCUGAAACCAAAAAGGGAGAUGAGCAGGCCCUGGCUAAGAUUGUGGAAUUGCUGAGCGAAGGUAAUGACGCGUCCUCAUCUUUGUAG